UAUUCCUGACCUUUCGUUACCGGGUAAGGCGAUUCGCAUGACUUAUCAUUAUGAUUUUGGCGGAAGGUUAAUUUUCACAUCUUAUGAGGUUAUAAUUGGCCUUGAUAGAUAACCUGAGAGUUUGUAGAAGGACAGAACUUUGUGUGCACCCUAGCUGCCAACUUUGGGGAAAUUUGGGGGUUUGGGUCUCAUUUCCCCAAAAUUGGUAGCUUGGGCAGGACUUGCUUUAAUGCACAUUUCCUUCCAAAGAACUCCAUUUCUCUUCAAAAUGCUUCUGAAGUUCUCACUACUAAAGAGACGUGAGAAAUUUCAACAACCAGAAAAAUUGUGGCGACACAAGUUAGAAUUACGGUGAGCAUGACAUCCCGUCGGCUUUGUGUCGUUCGACUCUUAAAUCCCAUAUGUUCUGGGCAGGAAAACAGACGAUUUUCAAGUCUUCAUUCAUACCUUUCGAAUGUAACCUCAUUGACUUCUCAAACCCAACUGCCUGAACUCUAUCAUCUCCAUGUCUUCUCUCUUCACCUUUUAAGCAUUUUGAAAGAACCGCCUGUUUGUUUAUCAAAUACAUCUAUGGUGUUUGGUGAUGUUCCUCCUCUACCUACAUGUACGGAAUCAUAUGCCUUCCAGGUGGCUGGUCAUUCUCGAGAAAAUGCAAGUAGUUUCGAAAUACUUCGAGAUAAAUCUAAACCAAUCAUUUACAAGUCAUUACAAGAUCGUGAAAGAGGUAUGCGUGAAGUGAUGUUUUACCAAAGUGUGUUUUCUGCGGAUGCUUCGGAAGCACUCAAACGUCUUCGUCAAUUUAUUCCAACUUAUUACGGAGUUUUUCAAUGCCCAGGAACUAAAGCUUACUAUAUGGCUUUAACUGAUCUGGUGGCCGAUUUCAAACAACCAAAUAUAUGUGAUUUCAAAAUGGGUACGGUCACUUAUUUGCCAGGUUCUUCACCAGAUAAAAUCUCCCGUGAACAGGUUAAAUAUAUGUGGCGUCGUAAACUAGGGUUUGUUUUAUCUGGUAUGCAGAUAUCUGAUACAAAAAAUCAUUGUUUAAUUAAGUUUCCUAAAGCAUUUGGACGUACUUUAUCUCCAGAACAAGUUUAUUCAAUUGGUAUAAAAUCAUUUCUAGGUGCAGAUCCUACCUAUUGUGUUAAACUUGCUCAAAAUUAUAUCAUACAACUUGGUCGUAUUUUAAAUUGGUAUAUCGAAUAUGGUGCAAAAGAGCUCACAUUCUGUCGUUCUUCAAUUUUAUUGAUUCACGAGUCAUUACCAAGUAGUAAUAAUAAUAAUGAACAUUGUCCUUCCAAAUCAUGUUUUGCAUCAUCAUCAGCACCCAGCACCACCGUCAUUAACAAUAACAACAACAACACAUAUCAUACUUCAUGUACAACAAGAAAUCCAACUGUGAAAACUUCAACAAUAUUGAAUAAUCAAUUCGUCAAUAACUUUAAUAAUAUUCCUUCUAUUCAUAAAAUCAAUACUAAUAACGGUAAUAACAAUGAUACUCCUAAUACUACUACUACUACUACUAGUAGUAGUAGUAGUACUUCGACCGUACAUGCUCAAGUUUAUUUAAUUGAUUUUGCACAUUGGUCUAAGAAAAAUUACUCUACUCAAUGUAAUAAUAAUAAUAAUAAUAUUGAAUAUAAUAAAAAUUAUUGGACAUGUGAAUUAACUAAUGGUUUUCGUUAUGGAUUAGAAAAUUUAAUUCAAUUAAUGCAUUGUGUUGUCAAUAAAGAAAGUGCAAUUUGUAUAAAUUAA